GAUUGACGACCCAUCUGGAUUUUUUACGCUUAGAGCCUCUGCUUUUCAUCUUUCUUCAACUUUUCCUCAUUGUAAGUGUGAACCCAGAAAAAUUAAUCGUAGUUUUUAUUGUAUGCAUCCUCAUCCUUCUCAAUUUGGUCCAUUUGCAUCUCAAAUUUCACAAAUCUCUUACUAUUCGAAAGCCUUCCAUCUCAUCCUCAAUGACCCAACCUUCUAAUUUUGCAUAUAUAGUCAUCUUCAAUCAAAAUCGAAUGAUCGCGUUCCUAUAGUUCGUAAUCUUGGAUUUCAAUUUCUUUUUUGCCUGGGUUUUGUUUGUUUCCUUGUAUUUGAAGGAUUCAAGCACUAAAUAAUGUAACUUCGAGCUUUUUUCUUUCUGGGUCUUUGCAGCUCGGGCUUGAGAUCGAGGGUGUUUAACUGCAGAGCUGAAAAAUCUAUUUGUGAUUCGUUAAUUCUUUAUUAGAUUCAUGCUUGCUCGGUAGGGAAGUGAGAUUUUGAUGCGAUUUCCCUUUUCACAUAGGGAUGCAGUGCAUUUGCUACAGGGGAGACGGGAAAUCGUAAGUUUAUUUACUUCUCUGUGGUUUCUGAGCAAAGGAAUGGAAGUAAAAGCAAACUCAGUUCAUCCUUAGAUUUCAGUCUGCAGGUGGCAUGCUUACCUAGUUAAGUUGUUGAGAAAUUAAAAUCUGUAUUUGCACACUUCCGUCAAUGGGUGAUCACAAUGCUAAUGCACGGCCUCCUAACGGCAAGCCUGCAGGAGCCACCAAUGCUUAUUCUAUAAAUUUGGAAAACUUCACUAAGCGAUUGAAACUUCUAUAUUCACAUUGGAGAGAACACAACAGUGACCUGUGGGGUGCUUCUGAUGCUCUUGCAGUCGCAACACCUCCACCAUCAGAGGAUCUGCGAUACCUGAAGUCAUCCGCACUGAAUAUUUGGUUGGUUGGUUAUGAGUUUCCAGAGACCAUUAUGGUCUUCAUGAAGAAGCAGGUCCAUUUCUUAUGUAGUCAGAAGAAGGCUUCUUUGCUUGAUGUCGUGAAGAAGUCUGCCAGGGAUUCUGUUGGUGUUGAAGUUAUUAUGCAUGUGAAAGCCAAAAGUGAUGAUGGAAGUGGCUUGAUGGAUAACAUUUUUCGCGCUGUGCAUGCUCAAUCAAACUCUAAUGGUCAUGACACUCCUGUCAUUGGACACAUAGCAAGAGAAAGUCCUGAAGGGAAGCUUUUGGAUUUAUGGGAUGUAAAGUUAAAGAAUGCAAAUUGCGAGUUAAGUGAUGUAACAAAUGGGUUCUCAGACUUGUUUGCUGUCAAAGACAACAUUGAGCUUACUAAUGUGAGGAAAGCAGCAUUCUUGACUUCAUCAGUCAUGAAGCAGUUUGUGGUACCGAAGCUUGAAAAGGUGAUUGAUGAGGAGAAGAAGGUCUCUCAUUCUUCAUUCAUGGAUGACACAGAGAAGGCAAUUUUAGAACCUGCUAGAAUUAAGGUGAAGCUAAAGGCAGAGAAUAUUGACAUAUGUUACCCUCCAAUUUUUCAGAGUGGAGGAGAAUUUGAUCUGAAACCGAGUGCCGCUAGCAAUGAUGAGAAUCUUCACUAUGACUCCACUAGUGUGAUCAUAUGUGCAAUUGGGUCCCGAUACAAUAGCUACUGCUCAAAUGUUGCAAGAACUUUUCUGAUUGAUGCCAAUUCCGUGCAGAGCAAGGCAUAUGAAGUCCUGCUUAAAGCCCAAGAAGCAGCAAUCAGUGCAUUGAAAUCUGGGAACAAAGUCAGUGCUGUUUAUCAAGCAGCACUUGCUGUAGUUGAGAAGGAUGCACCUGAAUUAGCUGGAAGCUUGACUAAAUCUGCAGGAACUGGAAUUGGCCUUGAGUUUCGUGAAUCAGGACUCAGUCUUAACUCUAAAAAUGAUCGAAUUUUGAAACCUGGAAUGGUUUUCAAUGUGUCACUUGGCUUUCAGAAUUUGCAGACAGAGACGAAAAACCCGAAGACUCAGAAAUUUUCUUUGUUACUUGCAGAUACAGUGAUUGUUGGUGAAAAGCUCCCAGAUGUAGUAACUUCAAAGAGUUCCAAGGCUGUCAAGGAUGUGGCAUAUUCAUUCAAUGAGGAUGAUGAUGAAGAAGAGGAGCAGCCCAAAGCCAGACCUCAAGGUAAAGGGGUUGAGGCCACUUUGUCUAAGGCAACACUUAGGUCAGACAACCAGGAAAUAUCAAAGGAAGAGCUACGAAGGCAGCACCAGGCUGAACUUGCCCGCCAGAAGAAUGAAGAGACAGCCAGGAGGCUUGCUGGUGGGGGUUCUGCUGCUUCAGAUAGUCGAGGUUCUGUGAGGACUAUUGGUGAUUUGAUUGCAUAUAAGAAUGUCAAUGACCUACCCCCUCCAAGAGACUUCAUGAUUCAGAUUGACCAGAGGAAUGAGGCUAUCUUAUUGCCAAUUCAUGGAACCAUGGUCCCUUUCCAUGUUGCUACUGUCAAGAGUGUGUCCAGCCAGCAGGAUAGUAAUCGAACCUGCUACAUACGGAUAAUAUUUAAUGUUCCUGGCACCCCUUUCAGUCCUCAUGAUGCAAACACUCUCAAGUUUCAAGGGUCAAUAUAUUUGAAGGAAGUUUCAUUUCGCUCCAAGGAUUCUAGACAUAUAAGUGAAGUGGUACAACAGAUUAAAACCCUGCGUCGCCAGGUCACUUCCAGAGAGUCUGAGAGGGCAGAAAGGGCAACCUUAGUUACCCAGGAAAAGCUUCAACUUGCAUCUGCCAAGUUCAAGCCUAUAAAAUUGCUAGAUCUUUGGAUUCGCCCUGUUUUUGGUGGUCGUGGAAGAAAGCUGACUGGUUCACUUGAAGCCCAUGCAAAUGGGUUUCGCUAUUCAACUUCAAGGCCUGAUGAACGUGUUGAUGUUAUGUAUGGUAACAUCAAACAUGCAUUCUUCCAACCAGCAGAUAAGGAAAUGAUCACUCUUCUGCAUUUUCAUUUGCAUAAUCACAUAAUGGUGGGGAACAAAAAGACCAAAGAUGUUCAAUUUUAUAUUGAGGUGAUGGAUGUGGUCCAGACAGUUGGAGGUGGAAAGAGAUCUGCCUAUGACCCAGAUGAGAUUGAGGAAGAACAACGGGAGAGGGAUCGAAAGAAUAAAAUAAACAUGGACUUCCAGAACUUUGUAAACCGGGUGAAUGAUGUUUGGGGCCAACCUCAAUUCAAAGGACUUGACCUUGAGUUUGAUCAACCUUUGAGAGAGCUUGGGUUCCAUGGGGUGCCCCAUAAAGCCUCAGCUUUUAUUGUCCCUACAUCAAGCUGCCUGGUUGAACUGGUAGAGACACCUUUUGUUGUGAUCACCCUGAGCGAGAUUGAGAUAGUUAAUCUGGAGAGAGUUGGUCUUGGGCAGAAGAAUUUUGAUAUGACUAUUGUAUUUAAAGACUUCAAGAGGGAUGUCCUUCGGAUAGACUCUAUUCCAUCCACAUCACUAGAUAAUAUCAAGGAGUGGCUUAACACAACUGAUCUCAAGUACUAUGAGAGCAGAUUAAAUCUGAACUGGCGGCCUAUACUGAAAACUAUUACUGAUGAUCCAGAAAAGUUCAUAGAGGAUGGUGGUUGGGAAUUUUUAAACAUGGAAGUUAGUGAUUCAGAUUCUGAGAACUCAGCAGACUCAGACCAAGGGUACGAGCCUUCAGAUGUGCAAUCUGACUCAGGAUCUGAAGAUGAGGGUGAUGACAGUGAGUCACUGGUGGAAUCUGAGGAUGAUGAGGAGGACGACUCUGAGGAAGACUCAGAUGAGGAUGAAGGAAAGACAUGGGAAGAGUUGGAGAGAGAAGCAAGCUAUGCAGACAGGGAGAAGGGGGAUGACUCGGACAGUGAAGAGGAGAGAAAAAGAAGGAAGAUGAAGGCCUUUGGCAAGGCACGAGCGCCAGCUCGAGCACCUGAUAGAAGGAAUGCUGGCAGCAGUCUUCCUAAAAGGCCCAAGUUAAGGUGAAUGAAGGCGUCUGUCUUGUUUUAUCAACUUAAUGAAGCUAAUCUAGCCAUUAUAUCUUAUGAGAGAGCAUAUGUUGAAAAUACUUUUGUUGCGGUGCUGUUCAGUUUGGAUCUGGAUCAAACUUUGUUGAAUUAUUAGUCUGUGCUUGUAAAAUAGUGGGUUAACACGAGCAUCAUAAUCUUUAGCACAGAUCAGUUGCUUGUAAAAUAUUGAAAAUCAAAGUUUUCAGAGAGGUCUGCAUGUUCUUCA